GCUCUGUGCGCUCUCCCACAUUCGCUCCGCUGCCGCCGAAUUUAAAGAGACAGGCGACCGUUUUUUAAAAAUAACGUUUACAAACUGUUCAGUCCGAAAAUAUUCCUCCUAGUGCGGGUCUGUCGGGCUCUCCUCCAGCCUCUCGCUACUUUUUUUGGUUAGUAGAAGUUUAGCUUUAGAUGCUGUAGCUAGUGGUUCGGUAUUCGAGUUUUGAAGCCAGCGGUCCGUCCUGCCGCUGCUGGCCGGGGUUCGAGUCACUCUGCGCGGAUUCAGCGGCUUCGGCGCUCCGCUGCUGCCUGGAGCGCGGCUACGUUGAAGUUCGCGUCGUUUCAUCACAACAGAGCUUACUUCUCGGCAAAUACGGAGGGGUGUAAACCUUUAUUUUGUGUGGCUGUUGGGGACGAUGGCGAAAAUCCAGGCUCACAGCAGCACCACGAAGCAGCUAAACCCAAUAAACCAGGACAACAAGGCCUUUAUGAGCGCUCAGAAACAGCAGCAGCAGCAGCACUUUCAGAAACUGAAGGUAGAAGAUGCUUUAUCAUAUUUGGAUCAAGUCAAAAUACGGUUUGUAAACGAGCCCGGAAUAUACAACAAGUUCCUGGACAUAAUGAAAGAGUUCAAGUCUCAAAGUAUUGACACCCCUGGUGUGAUAAACCGCGUGUCUCAGUUAUUCCAUGGACAUCCGGACCUGGUCUUGGGCUUCAACGCCUUCCUGCCUCCAGGAUAUCGAAUUGAAAUACCCAAAAAUGGAAUGGCCUUUCUCCAGUCCCCUUUCACUGCACAGGUUUCUCCAAGUAAAGGUAAGAACAGCACCACCUGUGUGGGCAAUGCGGCCAGUGUGUCGUCGUCGUCAUCGUCGUCUUCUUCAGCGGCCGCGGUGGAGGUCAGUUCUGCUCCCAGUGAACCUGUAGCGUCUCCUCAGAGCGCCUCGCCCUCGGGCCCUCCGGAACCUUCUGCCAGACUGGCGCUGCCCCUGCCUAGCCAGUCACAGCCUGCCACCUCGUCUGUGUCUCCGCCCACCUCUGAACCCAGUCCUGUGGAGUUUGACAGCGCCAUCAGCUACGUAAACAAGAUCAAGAGCCGAUUUUUGGACCAUCCGGAAAUCUAUAGAUCCUUCCUGGAAAUACUGCACACCUAUCAGAAGGAGCAGCUGGAGCUGAAGGAGAACAGGAGCAGAAGCAGUUCGGGAAUGACAGAGGAUGAAGUUUUCUCCAAAGUGGCCAGCCUAUUCAAAGGUCAGGAGGACCUGCUGGCUGAAUUCGGACAGUUCCUGCCUGAUGCAAAGAGAUCACUGUUCACUGGUGGCUCGCUGACGGGGAAGGAGCACGUGAAGAAGCCAGAUGAGGAAGAUCUCAGCAAACAGAGCAAAAAACGGCCCCGCCCCGUCCUGCUGCCGCACAUGACCCCCCUGCUAAAGAAAAAGAUGAAGUUUUCGUGCUCCAAAGACCAGUCGUUUGCCUCCGUUGGAAAGCAUGGUGUCCUUCGCGAGUUCACCUUCUUUGAUAAGGUUCGUCGCCUGUUUAAGAGCCAGGAGGUGUAUGAGAACUUCCUGCGCUGCAUUGCCCUUUUUAACCAGGAGGUGGUGUCAGGAGCUGAGCUUCUACAACUCGUCACUCCAUUUUUAGGGAAGUUUCCAGAGCUGUACACCCAGUUUAAGUCGUUUUUGGGGGAGAAGGAGCUCUCCCACUCGGUUUCUGGCCUUUCGGACCGCUAUAUGGAGGGUGGAGGCAGGGAGGUGGACUACGCGUCCUGUAAGAGACUCGGCUCCAGUUACAGAGCGCUGCCAAAAACAUACCAGCAGCCCAAAUGCAGUGGCCGCACCGCUCUCUGCAAGGAGGUGCUGAAUGAUACCUGGGUGUCGUUCCCAUCCUGGUCGGAAGAUUCCACUUUCGUGAGUUCGAAGAAAACGCCUUAUGAAGAGCAGCUCCAUCGAUGCGAGGACGAGAGGUUUGAGUUGGAUGUUGUUCUGGAGACCAACCUAGCGACCAUUCGAGUGUUGGAGAGCGUUCAGAAAAAGCUGGCCCGCCUUUCACCAGAGGACCAGGACCGCUUCCGAUUGGACGACUGCCUGGGUGGCACCUCUGAGGUCAUCCAGCGGCGUGCCGUGUACCGCAUCUAUGGGGAUAAAGCUCCCGAAAUCAUCGAGGGACUGAAGAGGAACCCGGCCACUGCGGUGCCUGUAGUAUUGAAGAGGUUGAAAGCGAAGGAGGAGGAGUGGAGGGAAGCCCAGCAGGGCUUUAAUAAGAUCUGGCGGGAGCAGUAUGAGAAAGCUUACCUCAAGUCCCUGGACCACCAAGGGGUCAACUUCAAACAAAACGACAUGAAAGCCCUGAGGUCCAAGAGUCUCCUCAACGAGAUCGAGAGCAUUUAUGAUGAGCGUCAGGAGCAGAGCACCGAGGAGGGUGGUGUGGGUCAGCAGGGCCGUGAAGGGGGCCGAGUGGUCAGUGAGCCACACCUGGUCUUCACUUACGAGGAUAAGCAGAUCCUGGAGGACGCCGCCUCGCUCAUCAUCUACCACGUCAAACGGCAGCCCACCAUACACAAAGACGACAAAGACCACAUCAAACGCAUCAUCCAGCACUUUGUGCCUGACCUGUUCUUCUCCCGCCGCGGUGAGCUGAGCGAGACGGAGGAUUGGACGGACGAGGAAGCGGAGGGAGAGGAGGGGGGUGGAGCCACAGGAGGAGAUGGAGGAGGAGGGGGCCUAGGAGGAGGUGUGUCAGCAGGAGCAGCAGGAGGCCAGCAGCAGCUGAACGGUGAGGCCAGAAGGAGGCGCUGUAACUCUACGGAUGCCUCCGUGGGUCCGAUUGCACAGGAAGAGCCGUCGGAGGAGCAGGAGCAGCAGAAGGAGCUGGACGGAGUAUAUAAUCUGUUUUUCGUUAACAAUAACUGGUACUUCUUCCUGCGGCUGCACCAGACUUUGUGCUCGCGGCUGCUGAGAGUUUACCGGCAGGCAGAGCGGCAGCUGCUGGAGCAUCGAGCAGAACAGAGCGCAGAGCGUGUCCUGGUGGCGGAGGGACGCCGGGACAAGGCCACGGAUCUAGCCAUGGAGCUACGGCUUAAACAGCCCAGUGAGGUGGAGCUGGAGGAGUAUUAUCCCGCUUUCCUGGACAUGGUGCGCAGUCUGCUGGACGGUAAUCUAGAGUCCACGCAGUACGAGGACACGCUGCGGGAAAUGUUCACCAUCCACGCUUACAUCGGCUUUACCGUAGACAAACUCAUCCAGAACAUCGUCAGACAGCUGCAGCACCUGGUGAGUGAUGAGGUGUGUCUGCAGGUGGCUGAGCUGUACACAGCCGAGCGAAAGCGCGGAGCGGCCGGCGGUAACCUCUCCUCGCAGUGCGUGAGAGCGGCCUGGGAGACCAGCUACCAGUGGAAGGCCGAGAGGGUGAUGGCCGAGGAGAACUGCUUUAAGGUCAUGUUCAUCCAGAACAAAGGCCAGGUCACCAUGACCAUCGAGCUGCUGGACACAGAGGAGGCCCAGGCUGAUGACCCGCUGGACGUGCAGUGCCUCUCUACUUAUAUGGAGCAGUUUGUUGGGGCAGAAUCAUCCACAUGUUCACAGGCGGAAGGAUAUUACUUCAAACCCGUGUUCCUGCCCAGGAACCUGAGGCAUUUCCGGCGCUGGCAGCUGAAACAGGUGGAGGCUCUGCGGUGUCGGAGGGAGUGGAGGGGGCAGCUCGGGGUGGAAAACGCCGGAAGCCUCGAUUGUCGCUUUAAACUCAACACGCACAAGAUGGUGUUCGUCAUGAACUCGGAGGAUUACAUGUACCGCCGGGGGGCACUACUGAAGGCCAGAAAGUCUCAGCAGUUUGUGGCGCGACUGCAGCACGAGCGUUUUGCGCAGUGGCACAGCUCAUGGCAGAGCGAGAACAUUUCGGCCUCGGCCGCCCGUGCGGUGCAGGCGUGGCUGCUGGGAGAUAACCACGACGACCUGCUGCCCUGCAAGACCACCUGCACGCCCACACAGAUCAAAGGUCAACCUGUCAACAAGUACCAGGUGCACUACAGCAGCAAAGCCCCGGCCUCACCGUAACUCAGCAUAACAGACACUCUGCUGCUCUCUCGCUCUCUCUCUCUCUCGCUCUCCCUCUGUCUCGCUCUCCCUCUCUCGCUCUCCCUCUCUCGCUCUCCCUCUCUCGCUCUCCCUCUCUCUCUCUCCCUCUCUCGCUCUCC